AUGCCUCAUUCCGUGGUAUGCCGAAAAGGAAGUUCUGAAAAAACGACAACGAAAAAACGAUUGGUUUUCAAUGCAUCAAAUGGCAACAAUAAUUUAAAUCAAGCAAUAUUCAAAGGAGUCACAACAUGGUGUUUACCAAGAUCAUUGCUUCAAUUUCGUCUAAAACAAAUUGCCAUUGUAGCUGAUAUCAAAGCAGCAUUCCACAACAUUUGCAUUCAAUCCGACCAUCAGAAAUAUGUCAAAUUUUUGUGGCAUGAUAAAGAAAAAGAAAAAAUACUUUGUUACAAAUUCUUACGGCUACCAUUCGGAUUGACAUCAUCACCAUUCGUCUUAAACGUAGUCAUAAAUCAUCACAUAGGAAAAUACAAAGAUAAAUUUCCCGCAAUUGUAUCAGCCAUCCAUUCAAAUUUAUACGUUGACGAUUUGGUACAUUCAGUAAACAAUGAAGAUGAAGCGGUCGAAUUUCAUUCCAUCAGUUCCACUAUUUUCAAAGAAGCAUCAAUGGAACUUCGAAAGUGGCAAUGUUCACAUCCCGGCAUUGACAAAUCUUGGUCAGAUGGUUUAGGUGAAGAUAAAGUGCUUGGAAUGAUUUGGAAUAAAAAAGAAGACACCGUACAAAUCUCGUUUCCAAUCAUCCAAUUUUCGAGUGAUAUCACAAAGAGAUCACUACUUACAACAUUGGCCUCGAUCUACGAUCCUAUGGGUCUAAUUCUACCAUCAUCGAUCAAAUUAAAAUUUUUCAUCAGCGAAUUAUGGGAGAGAAAAAUAGAGUGGGACGAUUUGUUGUCUCCACAACUCCAUCGAAGAGCAAACAAAAUUUUGAUCGACUUACACAAAUUGAAAAAUUUCCAACUACCGAGAAAACUAUUCAACAUGAUAUCAACCGAAUAUGAUUUAAUAAUUUUCUGCGAUUCAAGUAACAAAGCUAUCGGCGUGGCCGUAUAUUUGAGCAACGGCGUUGAAGCAAAAUACAUCUUUGGAAAAUCAAAAAUGCUGAAGCCACGAAAAAUAGUCACUGGUGAACUAUUGGCUUUAUCAGCUGGAGCGAAUCUGGCUGACGCAUUGAAAUCAAUGAUCACAAUCAACAAAACCAUUCUAGUGUCUGAUUCCAAAGCAAACGUUGAUCGAUUAUCUACUGAUAUAAACAAAUUUCCACAAUGUGUUGCUAUUCAUCUCUAUAACAUACGAGCUAAAAUUGACGCCAUUCACUGGAUAGCAGGAGUUCAAAAUCCAAGCGACACCCUUACUCGUGGAAUAUCAUCGGAACAGCUUAGCGACGUACAUAAUCUCGAUCGACAAAUACUUCAAGAAAUUUAUGACAAAUCUCAUCAAUUUUCAUCUCUCACCAUUAAAAUUGAAAAUCCUUUGACAAUCAACAUUGACGUCAAUCAGUCGCUUUCAUACAAUGAAUGGAUACAGUUAAUCCAACAACAUAUAAACAAUGAAAAUGAUGAUCCAUUAACUGUAUUGAUCAAACUAAAUCAGCAAAAGUUUCUCAGCGAUUUAGAUCAUUUUCCGAAUACGUUCGUCGACCAAUUUGGCGUAAUACGGUGUAUCACACGACUAGACAACUCGGAUCUCGAUUAUGAUUGUAAAAAUCCAAUCUUUAUACCGAAUUGUUGUUUUUUGUUAUCACUAUUGUUUGAAAUACACGAGAAGGUUGGUCACGGAUCCGAAUACAGAACUAUGACUGAGUUCCGGGAAACUUAUUAUACGCCAAAACUUCGACAAAAGGCGAAAAAAGUGAUUAGCCGAUGUAACAUUUGUCGUAUAAACCGGGCCAAACCAUUAACGGUACCAGACGGAAUUCCGCCUGCUAGUCGAGUCACCCGGAGCGUGCCGUUUAAUACCACCGGCGUGGACAUGUUCGAGGUCCGUCAUCCGAAUAAAUUGUAUGGACUAUUGUUCACAUGUUUCGUAACCAGGGCUAUACAUUUAGAGCCAGUUGAUAAUGCAUCCGCGUCAGAGGUGCUCAAAGCCUUAAGAAAUUUUGCGGCCUUGAGAAAUUGCCCAUCGGAAAUAUUCUCAGACAAUGGAACAAAUUUCAAGAAACUGGGAAAGCUGCUCAAUCAAUGCUUGGAUCAAAUUAAAUUGGAGUGGCAUUUUAUUACACCAUAUAGUCCUCAUCGUGGCGGAAUUUGGGAAUCAUUGAUUAAGACCACAAAGAGAGCUAUGAAGUCAAUUGUUUGGAAAAAAGAUUUAGACUCUGAAAAUUUUCGAACGACCCUAUAUGAAAUUUCCGCUAUUGUCAACUCUCGUCCAAUCGCGGACAUAAACGGUUCAAUAUUAACCCCAAACAAACUGAUCUAUGGUACCGAAAUACGUAAACCACCACAACCACCGUCUAAAUCGGAUGUGAAAAUGGAUCUAUUGACCGAAUGGAGAAGCAAACAAAGAAAUGUAAACGCUGCAUGGAAAGUAUGGCGUGAUCUGUACCUGAAACAAUUGAAGCAAUUUCAACGAAAUUCAUCGAAGUACGAACAGGUGAAAAUUGGCGAUCGCGUACUAGUUAGAGAUCAUUACCGAAAUCGCGAAAAAUGGCCAGUCGGAGAAGUAGUCGAAACGAUUCCAGAUAACCGUGGGAUUAUACGAACAUAUCGAAUACAGAUCGGUAAUGAUAAGAUCACCAGAUGUAAUCGCGACAUCUUUCCUCUGGAGGAGGGGAGCGUAUGCAGCCAAAAUAUCACGUUACGCUCUUUAUGAAUGUAACGACUAAACCGCGCUCUUCUCUCGCGCGAAAAAUUGAAACUCCCGAGCUGAACACCAACUCGAGGACACACACACACACAGUCCAAGACACACUUCAACACACACAACGUUCUUCACUCACCUUCGACACACAAUCCAACACACAUACACGAGCACAAAAACCACGUUUCUUUUUUCCACUUUUUCUUGCAAUAAAUAAUUCUUGUUUCAAUCACAUCGUGUACCAUCAUUUUUCUAAAUUCC